GGCCAGGCUGACGUGGGGUUUCUCCAGGAGGAAGGUAAGCUCAGGCUGCGAGGCGUCACCGCGCUGCCACGGAUAAAAUCGUAUUUAGUGCUCGGCUGGGGGCACGUGCAGCUCCCAGCCGCUUCAAUUUUCCCUCCAGAAACGUGGGCAGUCACUCCCCGACAAGAGGAAAUUAGCGCCUGGGUCACGGCUUCAACUCGUGACCGUAAAGAGGGGCUGGCGGAGCGGCGGGCACCCGGAGAGGGCCUGUCCUUGUGGGGAGGAAUGCCGGGCAGGCGGCUCCCUCCUCCGCCCCCAGUGCCGCAGGAAGGAGAAGCGGUGGCACUGCCCGAGCGAGGAGCUCGGGGCUGGUUUAGACGUCCCUGAGCGCGCCGGCUGGCCGACCAGGCAUUAAGGCAGCGUGUGGUGGCAGCCCACGGACUCCUACAGGAUGAAGAGCUGUGCAUGACUUGCAGCCAAGCCAGACUCCUCCUAGGGUUAAAGGCUCACGCAGAGGCAGCCUGGCUUCCUACGAGAGAGGGGGCGAGCCGCACGCAGGCAUUUCGAGAGUGUUUUAAGCUUCAAAGUGUCACUCCCCCAUGGAGGCUCUCCCACCGCCGCCGCGUUGUGCCGUGCCGUGCCGUGCCAUGCCUGCCUCUUCCACUUCCUGCUGCAGAGCCAGUUCUGCCGCUUACCUGGGAGAGGCAGGGAGGGUGUCGUAAAAGGAGGAGGAAAAAAACCACCCGGCUGGCCGAGGAAGGAGACCCGGGCACGCCAAGAGAGCGACGGGUUGCGCAGGAGGCGCCAGCCCUCUCGCUUUCCUCGGUCAGCUCAGCGCAAGCCUCCCUCGCCCGCAAGUUUGCUGGAAAAUCCUGGCCUUGCAGUAAGGCAGCUGACUCGUUUCCAGUGCAACUACAAAACUUGGAAAUGGCCUCUAUGUCAGGCACUUUUGUAGGUCGAAGCAUACCAGUUGAAGUGGAUGAAUCCAUGCCAUGGUCCCCAUUUCCAGAACAUGUCUUGGAAAAGGCUUUGCAGCCUUCUGGAGAGGAUAUGGAGGAUGAGGAGUCCCAGAGACCGUGUGUCGCUCAAACGCCUCAGCCUGUGACCGAUCCAUCGUGCCUCUGCAGAGCACCAGCACAUCAUCAGUCAGCACCGUCCGUGGAGCCGGACAGCAGCUCGUGGUCAAAAUAUGCUGAUCCUGAUGGAGACGGACACUUCUGUUCCCCCGGUGAAUCAAUAGCUGGAGUAGUUCCCUCAAAGAUGCAUCUUGUAGCUAUGGACAAACCAGGCAUGCAGCCAAGAUCACAGCUUUCAGCUGACACCGGGCACAACUCCAGUAAAUCAGAGCAGAGCUUGUCUGAUGCUCCCGAGGACUCACUGGAGGAAAGCAGCCAAGGGAGUUCACGGUCACAGCAACCCUCAGGAAAAAGACCCCCAGCAGAGCUGGGGACCGUGGACACAGGGUACAACUCCCAGUCACGAGACGUCAUGGGCAUCAAGCAACUGGAGCCCCCCUUACCGCUGGUGUCCGUGCUGAACCCCCAGGACCUCCCAGGACCACUGAUCUCCAGAGAGUUUUUUGGACCUGAGCAUCAGCAGUGCCCUAUGUGCCAGCACUUGCCCCAUCCCAACGCCUCCUCGCAAGCCCACGGCUGCUUUGGGCACCGCUGCCCGGCAGAGCAGCACCCCCAGGGCCCAUAUGGCAGAGCUCCUUACCAACAUUUUGCACAUACGUCGCAACCGUUUCCUCCUGUUCCUGGACCUUGCAUGAGAAUUAUCCACCCGGCCCAGCAAGUCAUCCCAAAUUACUCAAACCUUCGUGCUCCCAAGGGCACCGGAGACCGACCACCCCAGAGGACAUGCUCCUCCCCUGGUCCUCCUCGAUUCCCAAACCAGCUAUACAACCAGCUACCUAAUGGUCAGCUGCCCCCCAAGGCAUGCGGCCCAGAUGAAGCAUGCUGUUGUCCUUCUGACAAUUUGCCAUCUCCAGCUGCCGUCCCGAGACCUCUCAGUAACCCCGCAGCCAAGGGAACUCUGAGAACCAGCAAUUUGCCGGAGGAGUUGCGCAAGGUCUUUAUAACCUAUUCGGUGGAUGCAGCGGUGGAGGUCAUGAAAUUUGUGAACUUCCUGCUUGUAAAUGGAUUUCAAACUGCUAUUGAUAUAUUUGAAGACACGGUACGAGGUAUUGACAUCAUUAAGUGGAUGGAGCGCUACCUAGGUGAUAAGACGGUGAUGAUAAUCAUAGCAAUCAGUCCAAAAUACAAACAGGAUGUGGAAGGGGCUGAAUCCCAGCUGGACAGGGAUGAACACGGCUUACAUACUAAAUACAUCCACAGGAUGAUGCAGAUCGAGUUUAUACAACAAGGAAGUAUGAACUUCAGAUUCAUCCCUGUGCUUUUUCCAAAUGCCAAAAAGGAACACGUGCCUACCUGGCUGCAGAACACUCACAUUUAUAACUGGCCAAAGAAUAAGAAGAACAUCCUUUUGCGGUUACUGAGGGAGGAGGAAUACGUUGCUCCUCCAGUAGGACCUUUACCAACACUCCAGGUUGUGCCAUUAUGAACGUUAUUACUUACAGUGCACGACAAGCAGUUGUUAAAGGGUUGUUCUUGGCAGAGGGCCAAGGCUCUUCCAGAUGGCUCUUUUUGAUGACAGAAGACACUCUUUCUGCAAAAGGAAUUGGUUGUCUUGGGUAACUCAGGCUCGACUUGUUCUCUACCAUGUUAAACAUCUACUUCUGAAGCUGAUGGGACAGAACUCUUUUCUCUAGAUUUUUUAAAUAAGCUGCAAAUGGAAAGAAUGCCCAGUUUUAUUUUAACAUCUGUUUUUAACAUAUUCCUUUAUUAGUCGAUAUAGCAAACAAAUACCAGAAAUAAUGUCGCAAUAAGUGUAAAAUAAAAAUUACAUCCUCCUUUUUGCUCAGGGUUUCUUUAAAGAUAUUCCUGCCUUGUAUAGCAUUAUCGAACAGUUAAUUUGUAUAAACACUAUUAAAUAUGUUUGCCUUUUGUAAGGCAACCUUA